CCCGGCGAAGGAGCUGCGAUUUGUACUCUUGGGAUUUGUUUUUCUGAGAGAGGAGAGUCAAACUCCCAUCUGCAGUUCUCGAAGGAGCUUUUCUCUGGAGUACGGCAAAGAGACUUCUUUCUCUUCAGUUUAUCCAUAACAGUACUGAAGACUGAACCAAGGUCUGCCACUGAGCUACAUCUUCAGUCCUUUUUUUCUUUUGAGACAGUCUUUCUAAGUUGAUGAGGCUGCCCUAAAACAUGCCAUCCUCCUGCCUCAGCCUCCUGAGUCACUGGGAUUAUGGCAGCCUACAUCAGAACCAUGGCUCCAAAAGCUCAAAGAGGAAAGAGCCCAGGUGGUGGGAAACGUGGUAAAAAAAAACAUAAACCAUUACCUGAUACUGAAGAAGAGGAACCAUUAAAUAUGGAGAGCAUGGGUCAUCCUGAAAUUUAUCCUAUAGUGUUAACUACCAAGACCCAGGAAAUAUUCAACUGCCGAAUAGAUGAAGAUAUCACAGAUGAAGUACCUUAUAAGCUUAUCAAAAAAGAAGCUAUUUUUGAAGAUUUGCACAACAGAGACGCAGUAUCUGAUUUCCACCCAGUCAAAAAAAUUGUCCAAGCAUAUCCUGGAGAUGAGCUUCUGCUUGUUUAUGACAAAGACUUCAAAUAUGGACUCAACUUUUAUCUUAUUGGCACCGAAGAGGGCAAGGAAAACUAUUUAAAUCCCCCAGAAGUACUACCAGAAGAACAGGAAGAAAAUAAAGAACUUAUUCCUGAAGACAUAUAUGUUUACCAACCACCUGUCUCUAAACCAUGGGUUUCUUUGGGCAGUGAAAAAGAAAUUGAGGAAGAAUCGGUGAAGGAAUCUACAAAGCAGAUUAUAUAUAUGAUUUCUCGAAAACGAAAUCAAUUUGGUGCGCCAGUUACAUUCAGUGACCAGAAUGCUUCCAGUACAAAAGAUGCCUACAUUGACUGUACAGCCUACCCAGAUAAAAACUUCACCCUUAAAAAACUCGAGAAAGAUAUUGGCAUGCAAGUAAUCCCCUUUGUCAAGGACAUAAGCACUCAGACAAAAUGGACAUACCCCAAAAAUGCUACCACACAAUAUUAUGCUAGAGAAUUCUCAGAAGAGGAAAGAGAGAAACUUGGACAAUCAAAGACUUUGAUUGAUUUUCUUAAGAAGGUAUCCACAAGUGUUGAAAUAGCCCUGCAGCAAAAUGAAAUCAUGAACACAUUCAUUGAAGACUGGAAGUGCCUGGCAGAAGAAGAAGGUGCCUUUGGAGAUAAAACUGACACCCACCUGAAAGAGUACCAGUCCUUUACUGACCUUCAUAGUGGCACGGAUAAAAUGAUUAGCUACAUCUCCUGGCACCCAACUAUCUAUGGGCUAAUCGCUGUGUCAAUGGCCGAGCGUCUCUCCUUUGAAGAGAGAGUCCAGCUUUCUGGUAAAUUAUUGCUGCAACCAUCCUUGAUUUUAUUCUGGAGUUUUUCUGAUCCCAUACAUCCUCAGCUAAUGCUGGAGAGCCCCGAUGAUAUCAUCUGCUUCAACUUCUGUCCGAGUGACCCUAACAUCAUUGCUGGAGGCUGUAUAAAUGGACAGAUUGUCUUGUGGGACAUCACCACAUUUGCAGAUCACAUAGAAAACAUUAAGGCGAGUGGCAAAAGCAAAAAGGUCACACUCAAGCCUAUGUUUCUCCUUGAACCGGAAAGUCCUAAAGAGUCCAACUUCAUCAGACACUGUGCUGUUUCUUCAAUAGAAAGUGGACAUAAGAAAAUAAUUACAGAUAUACACUGGCUGCCUGACACAUUCGAGAUUAACAGAAUGGGCUCUGUCUUUGAGAAUCGAAAUGGAAUAUGCUGUCAGCUUGCCACAUGUUCAGCAGAUUGCACGAUAUGUUUCUGGGAUAUUAGACCACAGAAACCUUUAACCCCUCAGCCAACAGAGAAAAAGAAAGAAGAAAGUAUUGAAAUUCCAUUUGAUGUACCACCUACUUUUUUGCAUCUAGAUCUCUCCUGGAAACCUCUUGCUAAGAUAAAGCUGUCUAAGGGGGAAACAAGUUUAGACCUCUGCCCAACCAAGAUAAGCCUGACUGAAGACCAUCUUCUUUACAAAACACAAGACAAAAUAUUAGCCCAGACCAAAGCACUGAAGGCAGGAGAAACUAGCCCGUACUACAAUCUGGAAGGUGGGAUGUCUGAGCAGUUGAAGCCACUAGAAGACUUCUGCACAAAGUUCUUCGUGGGGACAGAGGAAGGUGAAGUGAUAUAUACAGAUUGGAAAUUAGAAAGAGAUCCUGACACUGGACGAUUUAUGACAAAGAAACCAGUGAACAUCUACACUGUCCAUGAUGGAGCUGUCCACACUGUCCAGAGAUCACCUUUUUACAAUGACAUUGUCCUCACCAUUGGUGGGUGGAACAUGGCUAUUUGGAAAGAAGGUGUUAUGUAUGGACCUCUCCUUCAGUCAUGCUGUUCACCAAAAAGGUACACCUCAGGACACUGGUCCCUGACAAGGCCUGGAGUUUUCUAUAUUGGCCGAGAAGAUGGAUACAUCGAUGUCUGGGACCUUCUGGAGAAAACCCAUGAACCAGCUCUGUCACAGAAUAUUUGCAUAACUAUGAUCACCAACAUCAAGCCCUGGACCUUUUCCUCUAAGCAACAAUUUAUAGCCAUAGCUGACUAUUAUGGAACACUGCAUAUAUUAGAAAUUCCAUGGACAUUAAGUCACCCUUCCAUCAAUGAGAUAGCAAGUGUUAACCACUACUUCGAAAGAGAAGUCAAGCAUCUGGAAUAUGUAGAACAGCGCAAAAAUAUUCGUGAGCAAGAAAAGAGAGAAAUGGAACUAGAAAUGGAGAAGAAAAAAUUUAAAAUAUAUCAGAUGUCAAAAGAACAAGCGGAGGCUGAACUGAAAUUGGAAUACGAGGCUUAUUUGGAGCUGGAAAAGAGCGUCCUCAUCAAUCUUGGCCUAGCCAAAGAGACAGAGAAGGUGCCAUACAUAGACAUCAUAUAGGAAAGCAUCUGAAGGGGUACUUGGGGGGGUCUCUGUGGGUCUUGUUUUAUUUGUUAUUUUGUAUAAGAUGAACUAACAAAUUGAACAUAUAUAGUUUUACUUAUAGGCUUUUAUUUCAUUUCUAUUAAAGUAUUUGGAUUAUAACAAUAAAAUAUGUUUAAGUUUUG